AUGAGAAAAAAAUACCCUCGCCUUGGAGGUAACAACGCGCCGCGCAUGAGCGACGACGGCCCGCGCGCGCCGCCCUGGGCGCCGUCGUCGUCGUCGCCGUCACGGUACGCGCGCGCGCGAUCGUUAGACGAGGAGAUCGGCCGCGAGGCAAUCGACGUGCACGAGUGGGCGACGCCGCACCCGGAGGAGCGCGAUGCGAGGGAGGUCGUGAGGCUCCGGCUCGAGAACGCGAGCCGCGCGUGCUGGCGCGCGUCGUCGCUGCACGAGCGCGGGUCGUCCGCGAUGCGCCACGCGGGCGGAAAUCUCACGACGUUCGCGAGCGACGUCGACGUGAUGCUGGUGGACUGGAGAGGCGAGAAGCUCGACGCGCUGAGGCGCGCGCACGACGCGAUUCGAGACGCGAAGUUCGCGCAGAGGCUCGACCUGAAGCUCGCGUCUCGCGUGCCCUCGGUGACGGGCGUGGACGCGGAGACCGGGCUGGCGUUCGACUUUUCGUUGGGCGAGCCGGAGACGGAGGAGGAACGACGCGAGCGGCGUCGGCGCGUCCGGAGCGGCGAGCGCGACCGCGAGCGCGAGCGCGAGCGCGAGCGCGACCGCGGCGACGACGACGGCGCCCUCCGCCCGGGCGAUCGAUCGACGGUCGACGCGCGACUGAUCAAAUCCCUCGUCUCGGACACCGCGAUCGUCGUCCAGCGGUUCAUCGACCGCCACGGCGACGUCUUCCCGGUCGUGAGCUCCGUCCUGAAGCUCCUGUGCGCGCGAUGGGGCCACGACAGGGCCGCCUCCGGCGGGCUGGGAUCGUUCAAGCUGUACUGCGCGCUGAGCGACUGUCUCGAUCGCCGUGCGGACGCUCGCGGCCGUGGGUUCGAAGCCAGGGUCGGCGCCGCCGUGAUCGCGGCGUUGGGGUAUUUCGACCUCAUCGACUUCAACGCGGGCGCGCAGAAGCGGCGGUAUCCGUGGAACGCGCGCGGCGGUCCGCACGCGUGGUGCACGGUGGACUUUUCGCACGUGACGGCGGCGGCGUCGUUGCGACGCGAGGCGAACGCGGCGCGGAAGUCGUUGCUUCAGAAGGACGGGACCCAUAAGGGCGUAACCUGGGGUCGAUUCACGCGCGUGUUCGAUAUCGACGCGCUGGAGGUGGCGCGGUAUCAGAGCUACACGCGGGCGGUUGACGUCGCGGCGGCGGCGGCGGCGGCGGCGGCGGCGGCGGCGGCGGGCGAGGGCGAGGACGAGGGCGGCGGCGGCGUGGAGGCGUUGAGCGACACGGACGAGGGCGGCGGCGGGGGAGGAGAUAGGGACCGGCCGCGCGAGCGCGGCCGCGGCGGCGAGAGCGAGAGCGAGAGCGAGAGCGAGAGCGAGAGCGAGAGCGAUUCGCGGCGGCGGCGGAAGCGGCGGAGGCGCGAGCGCCGGGAAAAACGCCGACGACGCAGACGCCGCGCGGCGCGGCGUCGCCGGAGCGACAGCGACAGCGACGGUGGCGACGGCGACGGUGGCAGCGAGAGUGGCGACGGGCGGCGACGACGGAAGCGUCGGCGGGAGGACUCGGACGAGGAGGACCGGCGAUAG